GUUAUAACGACAACUGCCUCUGAAGACGCUUGCUUCCUUUCCUUGUUCGCUCUGCGCAAGAUCGGGUCCCAGAGGGCCCGAAGCAGCUUGCAAAGAUGGUGGACGCCAUGCGUGCUAUGCUCGAUGAGCUGAUGGGCAAGGAGCGCAACGUGCCCCUCGACAAGCGCUCCAACAAGCGGAUUCGGUUCGACGACCCCACCGUGUGCAAGUUCGCGUUGGCGGGCCUCUGUCCCUACGGGCUCUUUAAAAACACAAGGAGCGACUUAGGGCCCUGCGGCUACGAGAUACACGAGGACCAUAUAGAGUGGGAGACUCUUCAAGGGGAGUACAACAAGCAAGACCCACGCGAGCAUGAACGCUAUGAGCGGCGGCUUAUGAAGGUGAUGGAGGACCUCAUCCGGGAAAUGGACCGGAAAAUCGCCAAGGCGAAGGAUCGCGCGGAGGCGGAGAGCAGCGCUCGGCCACUGAAGCCGGAGGACGCAGCGCGCCUGGCGGACAUGCAGGCCAAGGCCAAAGAGAUGCUGCAGAAGAGCCAGGAGGCGGGUGAGGCGGGCGAGGUGGAUGUGUCGAUGGCGCUGGCGCAGCAGGCGACGGAGAUGCAGGCGCAGCACGACCGACUGCACAAGAGCCUGACCGCGCCCGAGCGCACUAUGAGCGUGUGUGACAUCUGCGGCGUGUUCAUCAACAGCACGGAUAACGACCAGCGGCGCCAGGUGCGUGAGCGCGAAGGUGACGGCAGUGGCGCCCCCGGCACAGGCAAAGCCCCCGCACCCCCGCGCCCGCCAACCCGAGCCGAACUGGCGGCGCAGGAGCACUUGACGGGCAAGCAGUACCUGGGCUGGAAGGCCAUCCGCGAAAAGUACGCGGAGCUGACCUCGCGCUGGGAGGCCCGCGCGCGCUCGCGCGAGCCCGAGCUGCUGCCGCCGCCGCCCGCCGCGCCCAGCUCUGUCCGCGAGCGCAGCGGGCCGCCGCCCGAGGAGCGCGAGCGCAGUCGCGACCGCGAGCGGGAGCGGGAGCGGUCGCCGCGGCGAGAGGACCGCGACCGGGGCUACGAGCGUGGCCGCAGCGGCGGCUCCGGAUAUGACGACCGGGACCGGGGCUAUGACCGCGACCGGGGCCACGACCGCGACCGGGGCUACGACCGCGGGUACGACAGGCGUGACGACCGCGGGUACGACCGCGGCUACGAGCGGGGGCGUGGCGGGUACGACGACCGGCGGGACCGUGGCGGCUAUGAGGACCGCGGGCGCGGGGGCGGCGGCUACGACGACGGAUACAGGUCAGGCAGCGGCCGCCGCAGCGACUACGAGGACCGCCGGCGCUACUGAACAUCACAUCACACGGGCGGUUGCUGCACUAGACGGGUACGCUGGAGGUGAGGACAUCAGCAUCUGCGGCGGGGCGGCGGGGCCGCAGCCACUGAGCGGGGCGGUACCCCUUCGAGGCACGCACCCGCUGCCUCGCUACGGGUUAGCGUCGCCUUAGUUGGGCUGCAGUGGGCCGGCGUUGUGGGCCGUGUGUGGCGGCGUGUCCGAUUGCAGGCAGGAUGAUGAAUGGAGAAGGGCCGCCGGCUGCGUUGGCUACGGCUGGCUGAGCAUUGUCGGAAAUGAGUGCUCAAGCCACUGGUGAGUUGGCAGUGAGGAUUGAUAACGGAGUGUGCAUGUUGUGCGGCUGUGUUGAUGUGCUGCCGCCGAAAGCGUGAGGGCUAGACUGCUAGUGAGGCCCCACGGCUUGCGCCACAUCAUGCAGCUAUCUGUGAUGCAGCAGCUGUGUUUCGGUGUAAGGCACAUGUUGGUGCACUGUAGAUUGGGCUUCUUACGGCAGGAAAACGAGUUUGCAUGGAUGGGAACAUCCACAAUUGGUCAGGACGCGCACAAUUGCAAAUGCAGAAAGUCGUCUGGAUAGUGCUAUACAAGUAUGGGGUCCCGAUCCUAUGUAACUGUAACCAACGUGCUGA